UCCGGUCUCGUCCUGCGAACCAAGCCGCCCACGUCCCAUCGCCUCUGCAGUAAUCGGGUCCCCAGUCCGAUUCUGAUCUAUCGAGGACCCGCUCCCAUCCGGCCCAAUCCCCGCCUCGCCCUCCAUCCCAGCCCAUUGACUGUCUCGCCAUGUCCAGAGCCUACGCCGAAUUGGCCUUUUGCGUCAUUGGCAUCUACGCCUGCUUCCUGACGUGGGGACUUGUUCAAGAGCGGGUCACCAAACAGCCAUAUGUUACCCCGGACGGCGAGCGACAAUUCUUCAAGUACUUCAUCGUCCUUAAUGUCGUUCAGGCUCUUCUGGCCUCUGUCGUUGGAUAUGUGUUCCUGAGAAUCAAAGGAUCCGAUCUGGGGCGCCCCUCCUCCGAGCUCAUCCAAAAAUACGUCCAGCUCUCGAUCCUCAACUCGAGCGGCUCGCCUUUCGGAUACAUGGCCCUGAGCCACAUCGACUACCCAACCAUGAUCCUCGGCAAGUCAUGCAAGCUUAUCCCAGUGAUGAUCAUGAACUUUGUGAUCUACCGCAAGACCUUUCCCCCGUACAAGUACCUCGUUGUGCUGCUGGUGACCGUUGGCGUCUCGGCCUUUAUGAUGCUGCAUGAGCAGGAGGGCACCCACAAGCGCGGUGCGGCUGCCAGCUCGCUCUGGGGACUGUUUCUCCUGUCCAUCAACCUGUUUGUCGACGGCGCCACGAAUUCCACCCAGGACCAGGUCUUCCACAAGUACAAGGUCUCGGGAACCCAGAUGAUGACAUUUAUGAACUUUUUCUCGUCCAUCCUCAUGAUUCUGUAUCUGCUCCUCAAUCCGUACUCCGCCGAGCUGCGGAAUGCUUUGGUCUUUUGCUCGCUCUUUCCAAGGGUUAUGCUCGACGUGGUCCUGUUUGGACUUUGCGGCGCGAUUGGACAGUGUUUCAUCUACCACACGCUCGAGCGUUUCGGAUCGCUCUCGCUCGUCACCGUCACUGUUACCCGAAAGAUGUUUUCGAUCCUGUUGAGUCUGUUUGUUUACAGCCAUAAGCUGUCGUUGGGCCAGUGGGUGGCCGUCGGCAUCGUUUUCCUUGGAAUCGCCGUUGAAGCCUACGCCAAGCCGUCUUCAGGAGGUUCCAGGAAAUUGGAGGCCAAGAAGCCAGCCGCCGGGUCGCCAUCCUCAGCCAGUGCCAACAAAGCAGCCAAGAAGCUCAAAAAGGCCGAGUAGACCACCUGCAAGCAGAUCAAAAGAGGAAGAUGCGUCAACCCUAGAAACGAGCAGGACUCUCCCCGCUUUAAUCCGGAUCCUGAAUACACGCCCACAGCCCAUUCGAAACGAAACAUAGCACCGCGUGUGUGUAUCACUUUUUCUGAGUCGUGAAUACACCCACUCAUCGCCCACCAUGGCCAA